AUGCCGUGCACAUCUCGCAGCUGCAGAGCAGAGCCGCGAGCUCCUACAUGCCAGGCGCCUGUUCCAGAGAGAGCUCUAAAGGCCAAGAAGAUACAGAGGUUCUUGAAAGGUUUUUUUACUUGUAAACCCCCCAAAACCACCACCGCCGGAGCCCGACAGAGCGACACAGAGCCUCAUGGAUGCUCUGAAGGUGAAGCUGAACAGAUCAGGGACACAGAGAGCACUUCCACGUACGGCAGCUGUUUGUCUUUCCUCAGUGCCCUGCAGGAGGGUGAAGAAGACAUUCCCGAAGCUGUCCAGAACAGCGGCACAUCCAUGCGCACAUGUGCAUCAUCCCUCACAGAUGUUCAGGGGGUUAACGAGGACAUUCCCAACGAAGAGCAAAAGGCCACCUGCUCUCCCAACUUAAGCAUUUCUAAGAAUCAAAGCCCUUUGCCGUCUGAGAGCGAGACCGUUCCAUCGUCAGACGACAUUUUCUGGGAGAUGGAGACAGAAAAGAUCCAUUUAGAUACAACAGGAAAGACAGGUGACAUCUACAAGCAUUACAAAACUGGUCAAAGUCUGGGUUAUGGAUCAUUUGGAGAAGUCUUUGAAGGCAUCCGUCUGUCAGAUUCCAAAAAGGUUGCUAUCAAAUUUGUGAGGAAGAGGGAAAACAUGCGAAAAAUCAAGAUGGAUUCGUUCUCCAAAGCCUUGCCAGUAGAGAUCGCUUUGAUGAUGCUCAUAAACAGAGGCCCUAGAGUUCCUCAAAUAAUACAGCUGCUGGACUGGUACGAGGCGCCGAAAGAAUACGUUCUUAUCUUAGAGCGGCCCAUGCCAUGCGAAGACAUGGACUCGUUUCUAAAGCGACACCAAGGCCGCGUCGAGGAACGUUCAGCACGAGUUGUGAUGCGGCAGGUUGUCGCCGCUGCAGUGAUAUGCUGCCGGAGGGGCGUCUUCCACAGGGACAUCAAGCUGGAAAACCUUCUCAUUAACAGAAACACCUUGCAGGUCAAAUUAAUAGACUUCGGCUGUGGUACACGCAUGAAGAGGACUGCCUAUUCAGCAUUCUGUGGAACGAAGAUCUACGCUCCCCCUGAGCGUAACUAUUACGCCGAGCCUACAACAGUGUACUCUUUAGGCGUUCUGUUGUACAGGAUGGUGUGCGGGAAGUUCCCCGACCGUGAGAUCCAGAAGAUCUUUGACAGGACCUGGUACACAGGAAAACUUUCUAAAGGUGAGAACAAGGCGGACAGAUCAUGCAGGAGCUUUUAGAAUUGCUUAAAACAACGCAAUCGGUUGUUACAGCAAGUACGACGCCCACCCUAAUCAUCCGACGUCUCUCUCUUCUUUCUGCACAGAAUGCAUCGAUCUGAUCUGUUCCUGCAUGGACGGAGAUCCAGACGAGAGGAUUGGUUUGGAAAAGAUCCUCCAACAUGACUGGUUCUAGGCACU